ACGUUCAGUAAAAUCGCUCACCUGCACUGCAUGACCAUUCUACCAAACCUAAUUUCCUUCCUUCCUUCCUUUUCUCUAGAGAUAACCUAAAGCAAAUGGAUUCCUCCUCAAGGAAUACCUCCUCCUACGUCGUAAAUCUGGUAUUCCUGUCCCUAAUUAUCGCCGCCUUUGUUUAUCUCUAUAUUUCGUCUCCGUCAGUUUCAAAUCCUCUACUCUCUUAUCGCCAUGAUAACUCCUGCCGCCACUCACAAUCUGUAACUUUCUCCUUAGAUGAACUGGAAAUGGCCUUGCAAAAAGCUUCAAUGCCAAACAAAACCGUCAUCAUCGCUGUUCUCAACAAGGCCUACGUAGAGCCGAGCGUUAAAUCGGAAACGACGAUGCUGGAUCUUUUUCUAGAGAGCUUUUGGUAUGGGGAGGACACCAGGUCACUUCUCGACCAUCUACUUGUCGUUGCCGUGGAUCAAACGGCGUACGAUCGGUGCAAGUUCAAGCGGCUAAAUUGUUAUAAGCUGGAAACGCAGGGUGUAGAUUUCACCGGAGAAAAGCUUUUCAUGUCUCAAGAUUUUAUCAAGAUGAUGUGGAGAAGGACUCUUCUGCUCUUAGAUGUCCUCAAGCACGGCUACAACUUCAUUUUUACGGAUUCGGAUGUAAUGUGGCUAAGGAACCCAUUUCCGAAGCUGAGUAACAACCAAAGUAUAGAUCUCCAAAUUAGUACCGAUUGGUUCAACGGAGAUCCACUGUCGGAAAGAAAUUUCAUUAACACGGGUUUCUAUUACGUGAGAUCGAACAACAAGACAAUUGCAUUAUUUGAUGCAUGGUAUUCCAGGAAAGAUAAUUCCACUGGUAAAAAAGAGCAGGAUGUUCUGCUAGACCUAGUGCGGGAAGGUGCCUUGAGGAAACUGGGCAUUAAUGCAAGGUUCUUGGACACCGUCUUCUUUAGUGGGUUUUGUGCAGAUAGUAAAGAUAUAACGGCCGUAUCGACUGUCCACGCCAAUUGCUGCAGGAGUAUAAGUGCUAAGGUGCUUGAUCUAAGGUCUGUUCUCCGCGACUGGAUGCGCUUCAAGGCAGACCAAUCUCGCAUCAAGAAAAAUCAUAAUGAUACUAAUCCCACGUUGUCUUUCAGGUGGUCAGGUCACUUUGGAUGUUGGCGUUCCUGGAAUAAUACUUCUGUCUAGAACUACUAUAAUGUCUAUAGUUUAAUUUUUCAUUUUUUUUUUGUUCCUAAGAAUGGUAUAGUGUUGCAUAGAAACGCAAGAAGGCAUAUUUAUAUUUUAGAAUUUCUUAUAUCGGAACUUGAAUGUACAAAAUGGAUUGUUUUAUUUAAAAAAAAAUGAUAAAAUAAAUAGUAUAUCAGAUAAAUAUUAA